UCCAAGAUUUCAAUGCCCAAUUAGAAGACAUGCGAGAACAGGGUUUAUUUUGUGACGUUAGGAUCAAGCUAUCCAAUCAGAACGAGUGCCCAAUCUCAGUCCACAGGAAUGUUUUGGCCAGUUGCAGUCCUUUCUUUCGAUCUCUCUUCACAACAGCUUUGGCAGAAUCCAGACAGAUUGAAGUAAAGCUUCCGGGAAUUUCACGCGAGGACAUGGACGCUGUUAUAAAGUUUGCGUACACCAAUACUGCCGACCUUUGUCCAGAAAACAUAGAAUCUAUUCUGAUGACUGCUGACCGACUCCAUGUUUUUGGAUUGCUGAAAUUGUGUGUUGAUUACCUUCAUGAUAACACAGACCCGCAGAAUGUAAUCGGGAUUUGGAAUCUUGCUAACCAUUUUCACUGCCAUGGGUUGGUCGAAAAAUCUUGGAAAUAUAUCAUUGAAAACUUUCAUAAUAUAGUGGAAAGCAGUACUGAGUUUCUUCAGUUCACAGUCGGGCAUCUGUGUGACGUUCUCAGAGAUGAUAAACUAAAUCUACCCAAUGAAGACGCGGCAUGUUCAGCGAUCAUGAAAUGGGUUGAUUAUCACAAAAGCAAAAGACGUCGGAACUUUUUUCAGCUCCUUUCCUGUAUACGACUUGCAUAUGUGGAAAAGAGAACAUUUGAUAAUGUCGUGCUUACGGACGACGACAUAGUUUCCCAAAGAACAUGUAAAGAACUUCUCAAUCAAGCUUAUUCUCUUUGUCAAAUACAGCAAAAUACGAAACUUUCCUUCUACCAAGCUUCUAAAUUAUACAUACUGAAACCUCGGAUCCCUCACGAGGUGAUCUUCGUUCUUGGUGGCUGGACAAAUGAAAGUGUUUGCGGUCACAUAGAAACUUAUGAUACAAGGGUCAACAAAUGGUAUUCAAUGAGGAGUUCAUUGGGUGAACAACCUCUAGCGUAUCAUGCUCUUGUUCCGUUUGGCAGCUAUAUCUACGUUAUUGGUGGCUUUACAACGUAUGCUUGUGUGAACACUGUUAGAAGAUUCGACCCAGUGGACAAUACAUGGACUACGGCUGCCCCAAUGCAUGCCAAACGAUGUUAUGUUGGCUGUGCUGUUUUAGACGGGUUUAUCUACGCGUGUGGGGGAUAUGAAGGUCCGAGCAAUCCUAGACACAGUUCUGUAGAGAGAUACAAUCCAGUGGAAAAUCAGUGGGGUUAUGUCCAGAGCAUGAAAACAGUAAGAAGUGAUGCGGGUGUCAGUGAAUUAAAAGGACAAUUGUAUGUGUGUGGAGGAUUUGAUGGCCAUACUUGUUUAGAUACAACAGAAGUUUAUUGCCCCAUCAACAACCAGUGGACUUCUUUGGAGAGCAUGUCAAUACAAAGAAGCGGGGUAGCUCUAACUACGUUGAAUGGACGUCUUUAUGCCAUGGGAGGUUUUAAUGGGACAAGGCGACUGAAAACGGUUGAGCGGUAUGAUCCUAAUACGAAGAGAUGGGUAAUGGUAGGAAGCAUGUCAUUAGCUAGAAGUAAUUUUGCUGUCACUUUGUUACAAGGAAAGAUUGUUAGUCUUGGUGGUUUUAAUGGGUCUACCACAUCGUCUAUAGUAGAAUGUUAUGAUGAGGAGAAAGAUGAAUGGACGGAACGAGCGGGCUUAACUACAGGUCGGAGUGCAACCAGUGCGUGUACUGUUAAAGGAUUAUCUAACGUUACGGACUAUACAUAUUAUGGUGCUGAUACUAAUAACUGAUUGAAUGAAUACCCAGACACGCUUUGUACAUAUUCAGUAGGUUAAGAUUCCACUACCUGUACGAGUAACGCGUAGAGAUUCGACACAAUCUGUACCCGUUACACGUACAGGGAGACUUACGGUAGAAAAGCGAUCUUGCUGAACAGGUUUUCCCCCCGAAAGGCUAAUUAAUGUAGUUACACCUACACAUGGAAUGUACUCAAUAGUAAUGUCUCGAAACAGUGGCAUACUAUUAGUCCAAAACAUCGGAGCUCUCAGGCCCUUAACUAGAGGGGGUGGCUGGCCGAAGGGGGCCCCUGCAAAAAAAAACUGUCGACCACAGAUUUACAUUGUCCGUCAAUUUUACAACACCCCUGAGACACCCCCCCCCCCACUCUCGUUGCUCUGAGCUAGUUACGGCCCUGCGAGCUCUAUUGGGUUUUUGGUGGGUUUUUGUGACUGAGCAGUCGUAUUUGUGACAAAAAAAUCAGCAAGAGGCCAGAUUAGAACAAUCUUUAACUGAUUAUGUUAAUGUAUAAAGAUUGGGGUUCAGGGAGGCAAUGUUUAUAGUUCUUGCCAAGGCGAAAUAGGAAAUUGGGCCCCUGUCUACCUGGACAGUGAGUAUGACAGGGCCUGUGCCCAGCACGGACGUUCUACCUUGUCUUUCUGUUAAGACUUUUAUGGGCUCUUGCCAGUGUCGAAUAUGACCGACAUUAAACCAACUCAUUUCUUUUACUUUAGUAAAUAGUUCAAUUAAACACUUCAUGAUAUACUUGUAAAUAUUUUAGUUUUAAAAUAACUAACAUUCAGUAAUUAUCUAUCAAGCUUUAUUUUCAAUCCGAUUAAAAACUGUGGGGUUAAAAUGGACUUUUAAUAUUUCAAUAAAUUAUUAACUUUAGAUAAAAUAAGAGUAAUAGUAAUUACAGUAGAAUCUGUACGACCAGCCACUCCUAUUCCGCAACAUUAUUUGAUAUUGAUGGAAUAAACUCGAAGUACCGACAAAGCCAAGUUUUGUCACGAUCAUCUAGUAUCUAUUGUCCAUUGGCUUAUGCCUUUGCAACACUGUAGUACAUUAAUCAUCAGUAACCCUCUUAAAGAGAGAAAGAGAAAUGGGGUUUAACGACAUUAACGUCCACUCGACACAAACUAGAUAAUUUCCGGACUAGCACAUUUUUCAAUUUUAUUUCAUUAACUCGCCUCUGCUUAGGGGUCUUUAGCUAUGGGAGGAGAGCAGAGGACCCGGAGAAAACCCACAAGGUUGGCCAGACAACCCUACUCCUUGUCACAUACAAGUGGGGAAUGUAAACCACGCCACUUGACUCAAUGACAGACCUUAUGAUGCAACAUGCAUGCGUUAACCAUUGAGUCAUCCACCCUACCCCCAACCCCCUUAAAAGCCUUACUAUUUUAUUGAAAUAUUAAAAGUCAAAUUUUAUUACACCUUACAGAUAAUUACUGAAUGUCUUAAAAAUCUUAAUACUGGUUAUCAUUUAAUAUAAUAUGAGUAAUCAUGAAGGGUAAAAUUAUAAUUUAGAAAGUCAAAAUUGCUAAAAUAUAACAUAAGGUGAAGUAACACAGGUGUAAAAUUAAAGUUAAACACAAGACUACCAUUGAAAUUAUUAUUAUUAUUACUGUUUAGUACUUGUCACAAGCUAGAAACAGAUGUAAGAUCAAAUAAAAUAUAG